GAGACAAGAUGGCGGCGCCCGGCGGAGGGAGCGUGGAGGAUGAGGAGGCUGAGCCCGUGUUGGGGCGGUUGGAGGAAGAAGCGCGGCGGAGGCAGGAGAGGCUGCGAGCCUUGCGGCAGAGAGCUAUGCAGAAUAAGAACAGUGGCGAACCUGAGGCCAAGCAGUUCAAAGAAGAUGAGGAGGAGGAGAAUGUCAGGCACAGGGAGCUUAUACUGCGAAACUAUGACCCUGAAGAUGAGGAGCUGAAGAAGAGGAAAUUGCCCCCAGCCAAGCCAGCCUCAGUGGAAGACAAGGUGAAGGACCAGCUGGAGGCAGCUAAGCCAGAGACCAUCAUCGACGAAGUGGAUCUGACAAACCUGGCCCCCAGGAAGCCAGACUGGGAUUUAAAACGAGACGUAGCCAAGAAAAUGGAGAAGCUGGAAAAGAGGACUCAGAGAGCCAUUGCUGAACUGAUCCGAGAGCGUUUGAAAGGGCAGGAGGAGGAGUUGGCAGCAGCUGUUGGGUCAGCAAAGCAGGAUGGAAGCGACUCGGACUGAUUUGCUCUAUCUGGGCACGGGCUCUACCAGCAACACUGAUCCCAUCACUGUCAGGUAGAGGAGCCUCGCUGCUGACCAGCAUUUUGCCAGGAGCCCAUGAGUCCUGGAGGAAAGGGGCAGAUCUGAGGAGCAGUGCUUCCCUCUGUGAGGCUGUGGCUGGUGGAUGAAGCAUGUUUCACAGACCACUUUUUAGGACUACAGAGGGUUGAGUGGGACAGACAUCCAGUUUGCCUUGAACUUGGCAGGGGCAGGGAAGAUGUGAGCGAAAGGGCCAAGUGCAAGAGAAACAUCCAGGAAACUCUCCUCUCACUUUCUUGGUUAAUAGAUCCUCACACAGCCUACAGCAUCCCCUGGGGGCCCUGCUUUUUGUCAGGGUGCUCCUUUCUGCAGAAAACUGAUGUCACUGUUACAUGAAACGACAGGGUCUGGAAAACAUCUGCUCAAUAUUUUCCCCCAUGGUCACAGCCAGCGUGUACAGAAUGACUCUCCUGGAAAUGCUGUGUGCUCAGGACCUGUUGGCUGCUCUGUGUUGGGAGAAAUGUCCACCUGAGAGGCUAACAUGUGUUUUUUGUUUGCUGAAGCUUCCAGACCCUCCAGGCUGUGCAACGUGCACCAUUCCUCUGGAUGUUUUAUAAUUGACAAAGUUUGUUGUAACAAGUAUUUUCAUAAUAAAAUUAUCCUGCCUUGGA